GAUACAUAAGCAACGAUGGCGAAGUGGUUCAAAGAUUUCCCCAUCAACCUGAAGAACGGUAACGAGAGGAUACGCUCUGCCUCGGAAUCAAGCUCGCACGCUCGGUCCAAGCCUGGAGCCGCAGCCAGCUUGGGCACCAAAGCGGGCACUAAGGGCAGCCAGCGCAAGUACUCCGGAGCUGAGAGUGGCGGCGGGAUGGCUUCGCUUCUGUCCGUCAGAAAUCGGAAAAAUUCGGCAGUGGAAUUGGGACGGAACGGAGCUAAUACCGGCGGUUCGAUUAAAGACGGGAAGGUCUGGGAGAGUCUCAUACCCGGGAAGAGUCGCAAAAACCAGCUCAAACUCGACCCAGGAACGGAGGAACAACGGCCACUUAAAAGCUUGAGUUCAUCAAACGCAUACAUUAGUCGGCUGAUAAAGGUAGACAAACUGGACAAAAACCUGAAUUACAAUAGCGGUACCGGAGGUCCAGUGGUACAGGAAAACGAAAAAGGAAAGGGGACUCGCAAAUCAGAAACGGUGAUCAUCCUUGAAGACUACUCUGACCCCUUUGAUGCUCAGAAGACCCGGGAACAGAGGGAGGCAGAGCGCGUGGGAGAAAAUGAUGGAUAUGUGGAGCCGUACGAUGCCCAGCAGAUGAUAACAGAAAUUCGACGGAGAGGAUCCAAGGACCUGUUGAAGAUUUGUGUCCAGACGGAGGGUGGGGAGGGGCCCACUGAGGAGGCUCGGCCACCCCCAGCUCCCCAGAUAUAUGAUGUCCCGUACGAGGGGGACACAGAGGAUCUAGGAGGUGCGGGCGAGUAUGAGCUACCUUGGGAGUGGACGAAGGAACAGCUAAUGAAGACACAGCCAGGCAGCCCCACCACUGUCAGGGAAGAGCUUCCACAUCCAGGCCGCCACCAGCACCUGCGGCAGAAGAGCUGGAGCCAAAAGAUCUUGAAAAGCUCGCUGACCUCCGGCUCGGAGUCAGAGGCGAACCCGGUCAACCCCACUCUGCCUUUGGAGAAGCAGUGCUGGUACCAUGGCUGCAUGACGCGUCAGGAGGCUGAGGCCCAGCUGCAGGCCUACAAGGAGGCCAGUUUCCUUGUAAGAAACAGCGAGUCAGGCACCAGCAAGUACUCUAUCGCCCUCAAGACAAGUCAGGGCUGUGUGCAUAUCAUUGUGGCUCAGACCAAGGAGAGUGGAUACACCCUGGACCAGAGCAGCUGUGUGUUUCCCAACAUUCCUGAGAUGGUCCACCACUACUGCACCCAACAGCUGCCCUUCACCGGGGCCGAGCACAUGAACCUGCUGCACCCGGUUCCCCGUCUGCACUAACGUGCCUGCAGAAGCAGCUGGAUCUCACAAAAGCAGCUGCACUUACUAUCUCCCUGUCUGUCUCUGUAGGUUGAAUGCUGACUCUAAAUGCAAGGCUGUGGCUUUUAUCUUUUAGACCCACUCUGUAUGUCCUUCAUACAUUUACCACACCCACUGCCUCAGAUACCUCUUUUCCACUAGUGCUGUGCUAUUUCUGGUCUGGGUGCCAACAGGGAACUAGUUCUCAGGCUCAAGUGGCAUGACCUGAGAACCAGCCCGCGUUUCCACUGGUUAAAAUAACAUUUGUAACAGACGCCGAUUACUCACACAACAAUGGGCACGUAACAGUUUUGAGUUUGUUAAAUAAUGUUUUUUUGAUGGAGAAUGUUUAGGGUAAUGCUAACUUAAGUGAUACUUAAGUUAGUGAUUAAAACAAUCUUAUAACAGAACAUUAGCUAGCUAUAUUACAAACCAUUACUAAUUAAUAUUUAUAAUGAAUUAUUUGCUGGAUUUUUGCUGUGUAGAUUUCGCAGUUGUACAGAAGACGGGCAUUACCCAUCAUCCAGAUAUCAACGAACAAGCCAUUGAUGGGAUACAGUAGUCUGUGGAUUCAGUCGGACACUGUUCGUCCAAAACAUCAGUUUCUUACAGUCAUUUGACUACAUAUAUUACUGUCUCAAACAUAUACAAGGGAGAGCAAACACCAGUUUUUGAUUAUGUGUGCCUGUAAGGAAAAGUGUUACAUUUGCACAUUGGAGGCUGUCUACUGUGGGGCAUUUAAAUGUCUUCCAUCCCAUGCUGCCUUGUGAGAGUUUUUUUAAUUUGCUAACAAUUUGCUCCAUACUACAAAUGUCACCCACUUUCUCCAGCUCUACUUUAAUUUCUGCAUGUUUUCAGCAAACACUAAAGUGUAAAAAAAACAUCAAACACUGGUGAAGUUUACAGUGCAUCGUAGCCCCUCCCCACACACGUGCCAACAUCACGGGUUCGCAAUUUCAAACCGACAAUUUUGUAGCGUUGUGCCGGAGGCAGAUUUUCAGGCAUGGCACCAGAUAAUUGGAAGUGGAAAAUUAGGUUCCGGCUAGGCACCAGCAAUGUAUUAAUGGAAAAGGGCUAAGACAGUGGCUUAGACCCCCUAAGAGCACCACCCUCUUUAAUAUGGGGCCAGAGAGGAAGGGCAGUAAAGAUGGGCAGUUGGCCUUGAAUCUGGUUCUGCCUAAUCAUAUGGAAAACAUGUCAUUGUUCUCUAGCCCAGUGUAAGUGUGUCAGUUUAAUAUGUUCACAAGGUAUUUUCAGGCCAUAUGCAAGGGACCGGCUCUGUCUUGCUGUUUGUGUCCCCGUUUUGAACUUCACUCGCUCUCUUAUUUCUCAUCCAUCUUCCUUCACUAAGAGCUCGGAAAGCUUUUUAAUGGGAAUUUUAUAUGUUAGAAAUGUUUGUUAGAGAUUAAACUACAAUAAAUUACAUUUUUUAAUGUGCAAAA